AGCCAAAAAAAGGUCUACUGAGUUUCCACCACCAUUUAUACUUGUAUCGUCUCCCCAAUUUCUUCAAUCGUUUCUUCCUAAACCCCCAAUUUUCUCUCUCCUCCGCCAUUGUUAGGUUUUUUUAUUCUUUCAUCUUCUUCAAUGGAUGCUACAAAGAAACGCAAAGCCGACGAAAAUGGCAAUUCCUUCGUUUCCGACGCAACCCCAGAUUCACAACCACCAUCUCAAACCCAAACCCUAAUUCCUGAAGAUGCUCGCAAACUCAUCGAACCUUUUACUGCCGACCAACUUCGCUCUCUCCUCCAAGACGCCGUCGUUCGCCACCCUGACGUCCUCUUUGCCGCGCGCACGCUCGCUGAUUCCGACGUUUCUCGGCGGAAGCUCUUUGUUCGAGGUCUGGGUCCGAGUACAACAACUGAAUCUCUCAAAUCGUUGUUUACAUCUUACGGAGAACUCGAUGAAGCUGUUGUAAUCUCUGAUAAGACUACUGGGAAGUCGAAAGGUUAUGGCUUUGUGACGUUUAAGCAUGUUGAUGGUGCGCUCUUGGCUUUGCGGCAGCCGAACAAGAAGAUUGAUGGGCGUAUGACGGUGACGCAUUUGGCUUCUGCGGGACGAGGGCCGAAUAGCGAGGAUCAAGCGACGAGGAAGAUUUAUGUGGGGAAUGUGCCGUAUGAGAUUUCGGCGGAGAGGUUGCUUGAUUACUUUGCUGCGUUUGGGGAGAUUGAGGAGGGUCCUUUAGGGUUUGAUAAACAAGGUGGGAAAGCAAGGGGGUUCGCCUUUUUCGUGUAUAAGACCGAGGAAGGUGCGAGGAUGUCGUUGAUGGAGCCGAUGAAGAUGAUUGAUGGGCACCAAGUUAUGUGUAAAUUGGCUGAAGAUGGAAAGAAAGGGAAAUUAGGUGGGCCGAAUCCUGUUAUGCCUGGGGAGAUGGGUGGUGGUGAUAGGAUGCCGGGUUCGAUGAAUCCACCGGUUGGCGGUCCGAUGGGAGGGUAUGGGAAUUACGGGCUCGGUCCUAAUUCAGGCCCCGGAAUGGGAAUGGGGGCAGCUCAUGGUCCUGGUGGCGGCGGUGGUGGUUAUAAUUCUUCUGUUGGAGGGCCUUAUGGGUUGCAAUCACAGUAUCCAGGUUCUGGAGAGUAUCCGUCUUAUCGGAUGCCACCACCACAGAGCUCUAUGGGAGUGCCACCCCCUUAUCAAGAGGGUGGCGGUGGUUACGGGCUUCCUUCGUCUGGUGGCGGUGGGUAUAUGAGCCAGAACCACCCUCCUUCACAGGGUCCUCCUCAAGGCCCCCCUCCUGGUGGGAUGUAUCAGAGAAUGCCACCCUCUUAUUAUUGAGGUGUUUGAGAGCUCCUUGGGCGCAAAUUGCUUAAAUGGUUUUGGUGAUUUCGUGAUUGCUGACAAAUGAAUGUGUCGUUUGCUUGAAUGGACUGCUGCCCAUGUCUUGCUGCUACAUGUGUAGAUUUUUAGCUGCGAAAGUGGUAGUUAUUUGUGGCUAUGUUCUGCAAGAUAGAUUGUUACUCCUUUUAUUUAAGUUCUUUAGAAGGCACUCAUUUUUUUUUUCAAGGUUUUAUAGGAUGUAGGAUUAUAUGGAUUUGGCUUGCCAUAUGUGCUUUGUAUUCUCUAUUGGUUAACUUAAGCAGAGUCAUAUGCUACUAUUUUCAAUAUGUAAUCUUUUACUUCAUAUUCCAGUUAGGUUUGGUUUGGUAGUGAUUACAGUAAUAUUGAUCCUGCUACUGGGUUUAUGCUAUUUGUGUCGAUAUUCUACUUUC